CCAGGCAGCGGCGUGUCCGUUUCCAGGACGACAAACAGCGACAAAACUCUGCGGCUCGUCCGUUUGCAGUGGCGGUGGGAGUAUUUCAUAACUAGCAGUCACAACAGACUGAUACACUGUUUAAAAAAAUAGAAACAAUAGUAAUACAGUGUGUAAUUAUCGGUCACUAAACGGAGAAGACGAGCUAACCUGCUGCUCUUCGACCGACACAGGGGAUUGGACCAGAGCAGUGAGGGAAAGCGGCGUGAUCUGUGGUCGUCAAGCUUAGAAGUACAGUUAUGUUUUCUUGUCUAUGUUGUACGUUCUAACUAAAUAAGAUGCUGCAGCUCUGGCAGAACUGGCCCCAGUCUCUCCAACUUAUGUAUUGCUAACCGCUGAACGCCUGGAUACACAGGACUGUGUGAUUUCCUCAUCCCACAGUGUGUUUAUUAUGAUUUCUACAUGAGCAGCAGAGGAACGAGCUCUGAAAAGAUGAGCAAAAAAUAUGAAGCAACACACGUCCCUGAGGUCGAGGAGCACAUUUCUCUAAAAUAUGAAAUCAAGAAGAGACUUGGAAAAGGGGCUUAUGGUAUCGUGUGGAAGGCAGUUGACAGGCAGACAGGGGAGAUUGUGGCGGUGAAGAAGAUUUUUGAUGCCUUCAGAAACAGGACAGAUGCACAGCGCACAUUCAGAGAAAUCAUGCUCCUACAGGAGUUUGGAGAUCAUCCCAACAUCGUCAAACUUCUGAACGUCAUCAGAGCCCAAAAUGAUAAAGACAUUUAUCUCAUCUUUGAAUAUAUGGAUACCGACCUGCAUGCAGUGAUCAAAAAAGGCACCUUACUGAAAGACAUCCAUAAGCGUUAUGUGAUGUACCAGCUCUUCAAAGCCAUCAAAUACCUGCAUUCAGGAAAUGUCAUUCACAGGGAUCAAAAGCCAUCCAAUGUGCUCUUGGACACUGACUGUGUUGUCAAGCUGUGCGAUUUCGGCUUGGCCAGAUCACUCAACCAGAUCCAAGAAGACUGUGGGAAUCCAGCACUGACGGAGUAUGUGGCAACGCGGUGGUAUCGAGCUCCUGAGAUCCUCCUGGGAUCUGCGAGGUACACUAAAGGUGUGGACAUGUGGAGUCUGGGCUGCAUCCUUGGAGAGAUGCUUCUGGGAAAAGCCCUCUUUCCAGGGACAUCAACAAUCAACCAGAUUGAGAAGAUCAUGAGUGCCAUUCCACACCCCAGCCCCACUGAUAUACUUGCAAUCAAGUCCGAAUAUGGAUCCUCAGUCAUCCAGAGAAUGCUACUGAAACCACAGGUGCCUUUAGAGGACCUCCUCCAGCUGUCUGUGCCUCCUGAUGCUCUGGAUUUGCUCCGGGGUCUCCUGGUUUUUAACCCAGACAAGAGGCUGACUGCUGAGCAAGCCCUGGAGCAUCCAUAUGUAGCCAAGUUCCACAAUCCAGCCAAGGAGCCCGCUCUCAACUAUGAUGUGGUGUUGCCGGUGGAUGAUGAUGUACAGUUAUCUGUGGUUCAAUAUCGCAACAAACUUUAUGAGAUGAUGCUGGAGUGUAGAACAAAUCAGGGGAUGGCAACACUGGUUCAACCAAAGGGUGAAGGCUCUGCCAGUAACAGUCACAAGCCUAGCAGAAAGGACAGAGUUGAGAAAUGCCCAGUGGCAGCAAAUGUUAGCGAUGGGGAUGGAGACCCUGAGGGGCAAGCAAAGCCUGAGAAGACUGAUGAGAAAACCCAGGAGCCUUCAUAUGUUGGUGUCUCUAAACCUGCACCUGUGAUUGCACCAGGCCAGCUGGCUGUGGAGAGGAUGAGCCAGCCUCUUAGCCCUGCCUUAGGAAAACUCACAUACAACCCCAUCACGCAUGCCCCGAGUGGUUUUGUGCGUCCAGCGGGCCUUCCUCAUUACUACCAAUCGAGAAACCCAACUGGAUCAAACUGUAGUGGAAAUGGAUCACUGACAGAGAGUGUCAGUACUAACACAUCCAUGGACCAGAUUCUGCAGCGUGGUCGCUCAGCUCCCAUGGCUCAUAGCCGCCCCUUCUCUUCAACCCUAACACUAACACAGAACAAUCCACUGGUUCGAAAGGAGGAGCCGUCUCUCUCCUCCGGACUACAGGUCACAUCUGCACGCCUGAACCAGCGUUCCAACUCACGGCCACCACCUCGCUUCAGCAAGAAAGUAUUCCAGAAUAACAGUAAUGUUGCUGCUGCAGGAGACCCUCGAGCCAAGCUAGGCAGCUACUCCCAGGCUUAUGGUACCAUUAACAAGACAGAACUGGACAAUCUGCUUCAGAACCGGCCUCACAACCAGUAACUGCUGCCAUGUCAGUAGUUAUGUACUGAAACAGACCAUAUACAAAUAAACUAUUAAUAUUGUUAAGACAUCCUAGGUGUAUUCUGUGUAGAUUGUUGCCAUGUCAUCAUGGAAAUCAUCUCUGAUUUCACACUAUGUUUAUCAAGCAGUUCACAAAUACUUUAUGUACCUGUGCUUAUUGUCAUGUUCCAUAUGUGUUAAUGAUUCAAAGGCUUGAAGUUUUGAGUCUGUGUUGUUGUUUUUUCCCAUAAUGCAAUAUGACUUUAAGUAUGUAUAUACAGUGAAUCAUUAUAUGCAACUAGGAGUUAUUUUUCCUGUGAAUACAAGAGCAAUAAGAUUCAUCAUUCUUUUAUGUACAGAAUAAAAUGUACUUCUUGUUGUAC